AUGAUGAUCUCGGUGAGCAAACUGCGAAAGAUUUCUGCCGCAAGAAUUUCACAAAUCAACCACGAGCGGCGAUAUCUGAGGUCACUAGCGUUUUCUGUCGGAAUCAGUCUGUUGUUUUUUCUGCCGAAGAUGAUAGUCGGUCUCUGGAUGGUGUUUUGCGCAGAAGAGUGCACCAACUACGUCCCGUCAGGAAACGAGAACCAGGAACUCUUUUUCGCCAAUUAUUAG